AUGUUUGUGGCUAAAACAGUUUUUCUGUUUGGUUGUCAGCUCUUUGGGGACUUCUCCUCAUUGGAGAAACCCAUCACUGUCUUGAAAACAAUUAAGAAGAGGUAUAGAGUAAUAAAAGAUAUGCUAAGUCAGGAAGGUUUCUAGUGGAACCCGAGUAGAAAGAUGAUCUAGUGUGACAAUCCUGAGCUUUGGAAGAAAUACAUUACAAUAAGUUGUGCACAUCCCGAUGCAAAAGGAUUCCAAUGAAAGCAGAUGGAGAUGUACGAUGAACUUAAAAUUGUUUGUGGGAAUUAUCAAGCUCCUAGUCGUUGGGCUAAGAUGAAGAGUGGAAGCAAUGUAAUGGACAUGAAGAAUAGUGAGGAUGAAUCCGUCUCCUUUGUUUGUCCCAGUUCAGAAGACAUGAGCGAAACUGAUGGAACCGAAUCAUACACUGCAUCUCCAGAAUUUGGCCAUAUGCCAGAUGGUUUUCAAGAACCUCCCAUGAUCCAGCCUGUAAGACAACCUCCAAAACGACCUCGUGCCUCAGAUGCUCUUCUAGAUGCAUUGAUGACAGUGGCAUCAAGCAUCCGACGUUUGGCUGAUGCUCUGGACCAAAGCAAAUGGUCAUUUGAUGCAAGUGAGUUAUUACAGGCCGUGAUGGAGAUCGACGGGUUAGAAGAAGGUAAACAGAUGUAUGCAUUUGAAUAUUUAAAUGCUGAUCCUUUCAAAGCGAAAGCCUUCCUCACAUACAAUGCUAGGAUGAGAAAGACAUACUUGUUUAGACAGUUCUGGUGGUGGAGGUGAGGUUGAACAGUGCCUUGAAAGUUUUUUGUUGUAUAGAUGAUAUGGGGACUGUUUCACAGAUGUUUUACGUUUCACAGACUGUAUUGUUAGGAUGAUCGAAUGUAUAGACUCGUAACAGUGAUAGGAGAUAGCCACAUGUCGCAUACAUUAGAAACAUUGCCCCUUCAAGUAGCCAUGGUCAUUUGAUAGCAGGUAAAGGAAGAUGAAAAACUGUGCCCACAAACAUGUAAUAUGAUGCAAAAAAAUAGUGGCAUGACUGCUAAUAAAGUGAAAAUGAGAGAAUAUUCUAACGAGUCUUAUUUUAAGUAUGUCCACUCCUAUGUUUUAGUAGGCUAUGAUCCCAUAAA